AUGGCAACCAUCGCUCCACUCAGCACGCCCAUGAGGCAACCUUUCGGUAUUCUGAAUGACUCCAAGAUCCGUAGCAUGCAAAGUGUGAAGAACAGACAGAAUGCAUUGACUAGCAGUUCUACCACUUCUCUCAAACGACGUGCUGCUUCUCCUGAAUGUUCAGAUUCCGAAAAUGUCGAUCCAACUCUACUUGAUUCUCUCCAUAAACGUAAACGAUCAACCUUCAACGAUGAUGUCUCACUUUCAAAGCCUCGCUAUAGCUUGAAUGUCAUGUCUUCUGCCCCAAGACGCCGCCUUGAUACCGCUGCAACAUCUACUCCACGAUUGAAUACCUUCAUCAAACCUUCCACCACCCCAGCAUCUGCCCCAGCUGCGGCCGGUAGAUCACCAACCCGUAAACGUCAAGGUGGCCUUCUUCAAUCACGGAAACGUUUUGUCCCACCGUCCUUUGGCACCAAACCCCCCAGCUUGUCUAUGUCUGCAGCUCUCUCUGGCACACUAGCGAACCGAAAGCCAAAGGAAGCUCGACAGUCAGCUACUAUUGAGGACUCGAAACCCAAGUCAUGGUUCUUUGAAAUCUACGAGGAAAGUGAGGAGACACAGGACUACAAGAUGAAUGAGUGGACGAUGACACAGUCGGCUUACGGAUUGGAUAUCUCGGACGACGAGAGCAAGGCCAAGGACCUUCUUGAUAGAGGAAAGGAGAAUGUCGACCCCAAUGAAAUCUCUAUCCCUGUCACACGGUCCAUGGCAGCAGCAGCCAACGUCAAACCCGUCUUGAGAACUGCACGGAAACGCAAAGAUGACAUGUCUGAUGAAGAGCCAAGAACACCUCUUGGAGAUUUGAACCCAUCUGAAUUCUAUGCUGAAGGACUCGACGCCACCUCAGUUGUCUUGGUCCAUGACGAACCCGUUGAGUCUGAGGUAGUCGUCCAGGAAGCUGAAACUCAAGAGACCGAGCUUACAUCAACACCACAAUUCAACUUCUCGUCGACAUCAUCCCUAACAUCCAAAGCCAUCGAUACUCUCGACACCCCUUCUAUCGAUCAAAUCCUUGGCACUCCCCAAUUUCAGUGGGACACGGUGAUUGACUCGAGAGCCACCACCGCCGUGGAGCUUGACAUUGCCAUCAACUCAACAUCACAAGAUGUUGAGAUAUGGGAGAGUGAAAGUGCAAAAGACGAGAAUGAGAAGGUCGACUUUGAGAUCCUUGCCGAGGCACUUCAGAGACAGUCUCCGACUCGGAUUGAUGAUGAGAACCCCUUUGCUUUGCAGGAACUAUGA